AUCGUCAAUAUACUACAACAUGAGCUCUAACACAUCUACGCAAAACGCUGGCAUCCAGCAGAACACCUGGCAGGAGAAGAAUAGACGAGUGCUUCUACCUUGGAUGGACGGCCCCGAAGAGAUUAAAAAUGAAGUCCGACUUGUCUACAAACAAAAGCUGCCGCAUCUAGAUGCGGUUGCUGGAGAGCUAGCACCUCUCCUCGGUCUCGGCGACGGCUUGAUAGCCAAGCAGCGGAUGCAGAACCUAUUUACACACCCGGCACUUCUCGACGCCUUCGUCGAAUUCGCCGAGACGUACCUCGAAGGAAAUUGGGACCUUCCGGUUGGCGAAUGGGAGGCGGUCCACAAGCUCGCACACGCCCACGCCAACGACGCCAGCUGGGGUUUGGACGCACCUCCGCCCCGGGAGGAUUGGAAUGUCAAUCAUUUCUACGCCCGCUUCAUACUCCGAACGUUGGCAAGACUUAGAAACCCCGACGAUGUCCCACGAAAUCUUGCGUAUUGGCUCGGGGAGGCUAACCCAUGCGACGCGGCGUGGCUGCUCAUGCACGUCCUGAUGUAUAUGCAAUGGGACGCGAUGCGGGACUAUAGAAAACACGCUCCCGUGAAGGACCGUAUUAACCAUUUUGUUAAUAUGUGGAAGGCGGACGUGGCGUAUAGAGAACCUAGUAACUGAUUAAUGCAUCUCGACUCUUUUGAUAAUGGAAAUAUAAUAGGUGCGUUAGCUUUUAGAUUAGAUAUUAUAAGUUGUUAUACAAUUAAGUAUACCAUCUAAACCAACUUUUGAUCCUAUGUUUCGGUGGUGAGUGUUGACUAGUUAUUCUUAAUUUAUUCUUUAUGAAGUUGGUAGUAGGUAACGUGGUACAGUAAAUAAGCUUAACUACGGGUGAUAUUGAAACUGCUUGAAACUGCUUCGGAUUUUUUUUAUGGUUCUAGACUUCUAGUUGACUUAAUCUCAUGACUCGCAAUAGGCUCAACACUAUUAAGGCACUACCAAGAUAGUGUAAAGACAAAGAAAGAGGAGGACAAAUGUAAAAUCAAACGAAG